AAAAACACUUGGUCACUUGGAGAUUAACUGAUAUUUUGUACAGGCUUCCUCCUCACAUCAAUCUCUCUCUGUUGCCAUGUCAGCCAGGGCAAAAAGAACCCACAUGUAAAACAGUCGGUGCCUUGACUCUUUUACUUUGGAGUCCGUGCUGGUGACUGUGUUUCCUCCACUGUAUGUUUGCCUGCUGUUGCUUCCCUUCCAGUUCGUUGAGGUACAGACCAAUUAUGAGGGAGAAAUACGAGGAAGAAAUUGGUGCCAUUUUAUAUUCUUUUUAUAAGAGCCCAAGCUGUCCUUACUGGAGAAAUAUCUGUAUGCACAAGUUGAUGAUGACUCUAAAAUGUUUUUAUGAGUCCAAGUUAAACAAAGUGACAAAGUGACUGACGCCUUUAUAAAUUAUUGCCAAAAUGUUUGCCUUUUAAAAACUCUGUGACUGGUCUUCCUUAUCUACACCACCAGCUAUUUGGCCUUUAGCCAGCUACUGUAUGUAUUCCAAUUCCUUUCUCUGUUAAAAAAAAAAGGCUGGUGAAAUUAAAGUGCACAGAGUGUUAUAAUUUUAACACUCAGACCUGUGCUGUGGCUGUUUUUAAAAAAAUGUCCUAUGUAAUGUUCAGAUCUGAUCUAUGCUCCAGUUAAUUGUAACUAAAAAUAAUUAUCCCAGAAAUAUGUUUAAUUUUAAUGUUUAAAUAGUGACUAUUGCCACUGUGAGUCACAAAGGUUUUCUCCAGCACAGCAGCAUUCACGUGCUGAGCUGCUGAGGCAGCAGCUGCAGACUUUGCAGGUUUGUCUGAUGCCAGCUGCAGAGACAGCAGAGCGGAAGUCAUGCCUAAGUAUAAAUAGGUUAACAUACAUGUCAAACAAUGUAUCUUAACUAAAUUAAGUUUUUGGGUUUUUUUUAUCUGAAGUUAUGUUUGGGAAAUGGAGCCAAACACAAACAAGGAAAAUAUGCAGAGUAAAUGAAGUGGUAAUUCAACCAAAGGAAUACUAUAUAAUAUGUUAUGUAUUUUAAAUGUUCCUACAGUAUUUCAAACUCAUAUUUCUAAAAAACAACACUGUAAAUAUAAUAAGUAAUUUGCUGGGAAAUGCACACUCCACGUGCUAUUAUGACUGAAUCUAGAUAUGAACGUUAAUUUUUUUUUUUCUGCUCCUGCAGUUGCAUUUGUUAGAUCUUCUAGGACACAUGUGGAGCACUUACCCACUGGCUUGAUUAAUUUGUGGCAGAUUUAAAAGUGGACACUUUUGUCCAGCCAGGCUUUGUGGUGGAUGAGAUAAGAGACCCUGUGAAGACCUUUGAAAUACUGAGCUUUAACGACAAGUUCAACUGACCUUUUCUUUUUACAUUUUGCAUUGAAAGCAACCCAUUCCCUUUCUUCCCCCCCUAGCAACCAAUCAGUCCACUCCUGAUUUAUAGGGAUUUCUUUGAGCUUGUAUGCGUGUGAUGUUCCGCCUGAACACUGGUCUGAUGUUACAUUUUUUUUUGUUUUUCUGCAUCCUGACCUGUUGCUACACCCUCUCACUCUCCCAUUCAUUUGCAUGUCAACCCUUUACCAGCUGCUGCUGCCCCUUUCUUCAUGGUGAAUUCUAAUCAUUACUUUCAAAGGAAAGCGUCUCCAAAGCUCCUUUAUCAAUGGCUCUGACUGGGAGGAGGCAAGCCGCUGUCCGUCACCCACUCAUGCUCUUCUGACCACUUGUGUUCUGCACCUGAGAGCGCUUCCUAUUUGGGACCUGCUUCUUUAAGUUUGGAGAAUACAAAAUAUGGAAGAAGAAGCUCCGCAGUGAUGCCAUGAGGCUGAUUCUGGUUAAACCCACCAAUGCAACGAGACGUCUUGAUUCAACAGGUGAAGUCUUCCAAGACAGGGAGCAUGUCCACUGCACAUCAGGAGGUCCAUCUGAGGGCAAGUGUGAUCCGAACUUUGGCCCCUCAGUCGGAGCAUCUUCGUCACCACAGACUACAAGCCUCUGUGGUGGUUCGUCUUCACCCAUGCAUGAGAGGUGGAAUGGAGUCAAUCCUCCGAGAGUUUCAGCCCAGAUGUCGCCACAGAAAACCCCAAAUUUAACCCUAUCCCAGCUGAGUGAUGAGGACUGGCUACUGUUUUGUGGCCAGGUUAGUAGAAGAGGAGAGACUUCUCCCUCAGCAGAAAUGGCAGGGAGCAGCGAGGGACAUCCAAACCACAGCAACAGAUGUGGUUGUUCCUGUCCUGAUGCACAUCAGCAUUCAGAAGCUUUUCAACCACAAUCAAAACAUCGCACUGUCCAAGAUUGCCUCACCAGAGUUACAAAUAAGAGGAGCCUUUCGUCUUCACUGCAUACCCAGUCUCGGUGUUCAGCCUCAUGCCAGGUUUUAUCACAGCAAAUAAACCACAGAGAUAUUUUGAAACCUACAGCAAACCAUAACUUCAUGCCUCAGUGCAAUGAUGGAGAAAGCCCAAAGGACCUUUUGCAGCAGCACUCUCUUAAUCAUCUUAAAUUUACAGACGUCGGCCAAGCAACCUGCUCAGAUUUGUUCAACAUCCCGCUAAACUCUGUUGAAUUCGCUGAAACAAAUCAGAAACUCCACGAAUGGCCUCAGUCAGCUGUCAGUGCUGACUUGAGCUGGCGAGAGCUUUAUGGUAAAGAACCGCUGUUAGUUCGACAACGGCAAGAUUCUCACAGCCUGAUAAGAAGUGAUCAAAUCUGCAAGGCACCUGGAGAUCCUUCACUUGUACCCAAGUGUCGACAUCUCCCUUUCAAUUUACUGACUACAGCUUCUCAGGGGAACAGGUCCACAACACCAGCUAGUGACAAAAGUGUCCAAUCCUUCGCCAUCGGCCAGUAUAGUUCACUUGAAAACCAGAAUUUAGUUGAGGAGAGGGUGAAACAGAGACAAAAUCAGACAACCACACAGCACCUCAGUGGAUCAAAGCUCUCCCUCCCGAAAUAUACCCCCCCACCAGUGGACAACUCAGAAACUAGUGGCUCAGUUAACGGGGAUGCUGUGCGACCUCUGAGCAGUCUUGCAGAUCUUCACUCCGGCCACCAGCCUCUUCAGCUACUUCACAGCGCCAUCCUGGAGGAUGCCUUUGCUAAAGUCAUGAGCCAAGACUCCAGUAAGGCAAACAGUGACAACCUGACCAGAGAGGAAGGCAGUGUACCACCACAGAGGAAGAAUAAGGACAUUAGCUACCGGUUGGGUCAAAGAAGAGCUCUCUUUGGGAAGCGCAAGCAAUUGAGCGACUACGCCUUGGUCUGUGGGAUGUUUGGCAUCAUUGUCAUGGUUAUAGAGACCGAGCUUUCGAGGGGAUUUUACGGCAAGGAUUCUGUGUAUUCUUAUGUACUGAAAGGCUUAAUCAGCCUCUCCACUGCUGUUCUUCUUGGGCUCAUUAUGAUGUACCAUGCAAGGGAGAUCCAGCUCUUCAUGGUGGACAACGGCGUAGAUGAUUGGAGGAUAGCUAUGACAGUUCAGCGGAUUCUCUUCGUCGCGUUGGAGCUUCUGGUCUGUGCCAUCCAUCCAAUCCCAGGCCAGUAUGUGUUCACCUGGAGAACUCGACUGGCCUUCAGUUACACACCAUCAGUGGCCGAUGCUGAUGUUGACAUCAUCCUCUCUGUGCCCAUGUUCCUGCGCCUCUACCUGAUUGGCCGGGUCAUGCUGCUUCAUAGCAAACUGUUCACAGAUGCUUCGUCCCGCAGCAUUGGGGCACUCAACAAGAUCAACUUUGAUACUCGCUUUGUGAUGAAGACUCUGAUGACCAUUUGUCCCGGCACUGUCCUGCUGGUGUUCAGUGUGUCCUGUUGGAUCAUUGCAGCAUGGACGGUGCGCUUGUGUGAGAGGUAUCAUGAUACGCAGGAGGUAACUAGUACCUUCCUUGGGGCAAUGUGGCUGAUCUCCAUCACCUUCCUUUCAAUCGGCUACGGAGACAUGGUCCCUCACACCUACUGUGGAAAAGGUGUUUGCCUGUUAACUGGAAUUAUGGGGGCGGGCUGCACUGCUUUAGUCGUUGCUGUUGUUGCAAGGAAGUCAGAACUCACCAGAGCUGAAAAACACGUCCAUAAUUUCAUGAUGGAUACUCAACUCUACAAAAAGAUCAAAAACACAGCAGCUAAUGUUUUGAGGGAGACGUGGCUCAUCUACAAAAACACUAAGCUGGUUAAGAAGAUUGAUCAGGCCAGAGUUCGUCACCAUCAGCGAAAAUUCCUUCAAGCCAUCCAUCAACUGCGGAGAGUCAAAAUGGCGCAAAGGAAACUAAAUGACCAGGCCAAUACAGUUGCUGAUCUUGCCAAGACUCAGAACAUGAUGUAUGAUCUGGUGUCGGAGCUCCAGCAUCGAAGCGAGGAGAUGGACAAGAGGAUUGUAGCUUUGGAGGAGAAACUGAACUCCAUCCUUCUCAGCAUGCAGUCGCUGCCAGCUGUACUUUCUCAAGCAAUAACAAAGCUACAAAAGGAUUUCUUGGAUGACUUGGCUUUCCGUGUCCACUUUCUGUCAUCCUCCCUGAGCUCUGAGUGCUGCCCAGUCCCUGCCAGGAACCUCUGUCCAGGCUCCAUCACACCAGAGACAUCUUUGAGCUAAUAGGCCUCACUUCAGGCUUUUGCAGCCUGAUGUGGGAAAUCAUUUUCCAUUGUUUAAGUAACUCUCCUGUAAAAACUACAGUUGGGAUUUGAUCGCCACCUUUUUAUCCUUUAUCCAAAUUGUGAUAGUUCUAGUGUUAUUAAAUUAUCUAAAUAAAUGUGCUUCAUAAAUAAAUAUUUAUUACAUAUGCUGUAUGUAGUAAUUUAGGAAAUCUGUGUAUAGUUCUACAACCUUGCUUUGUUGUGGUCUCAGUCUAAACAUUAUUAUUAUUUUGGGUCUAUGAUUUAUACACAACUGUAUAUACACUGUAUUUCAAUUACAAAUACAUAUACAAUACAGGAGGCUGACAGAGAUCUGGGUAUUAGGAAUGUAUUUUGACUUGUGUCAUUGAGCCCAAUAGACUGUGAAUAUAUAACAGUCCAAAAACAUUUUUUAAAUUGUUCAAUUAAUAUUUCUGGAAGGUGACAGAAUUCAGAGACAUUCACACCAGUUCAAAAUAGUGAGAUAACAAACAGAACAGGUACAGAUGACAGCUAUUCCUCACUCCCUCUAUUUAGCAGUUAAACAAGCAAAAACACCAGUGUAUCCAUAUACAAAGUGUCUUAUUUUAUCUUGUACUUCAGAGAUAGGCAAUAUUUUUUUCAUCCAUGGCCACACUGACAUAGUCAAAUUAAACAAAGGGGCCACACAUUUUCAAUCUCCAAAAUUCUAAUUUAACCAUAUGCAACACACUCAGUUACAUUUUUAGUUUUCUAUUAAUACUAGAAUGAAGUGUGACUUGUAUCAAACAGAAAUGUGUCAAUAAACAACUUCUUGUCAA